UCCAAUCGCACUCCCCUCCCUACUCGACGGCGACGGCUGUUCAGGCGACUCCCACCGCGAACUGAAGCGACGACGGUGACGGCGGCGAACUCUCACGGCGAAUUCUGAGGCGACAAUUUCUCCACUCUUCUCGAUUUUGAAACCUAUUAAGCAACCCUCAUCGAAAAUAUUUCCAUUCCGAAACGCCUGUAUCCAGCUCCAGCGGCACAGUUCUUCAAAUUUCCGGCAACCGCUUAUUUCAACGUCCAUCGAAUUCAGACAUGGAGGCCUUAUUCGGUUCGAUCGAUAUACGGGAACUCCUCUCGGCCCAGGACAUCUCCGAUCCGACGGCGCCCCUCUCCGCCCCUGAUCUCCGCCUUCUCGUCAACCGCCUCGAGUCCCACUCCCUCCAGAUUAAGACCAGGAUACGCGCCUACUUACUUUCUCACCAUCAAGACUUCUUGGACCUCUUCUCCCUCUGCAAUGAUGCCGUUUGCCAGUAUCAAGAAAUCUCCAAGGACGUGUCAAAUGUGCUGGAGUUGACUACUGGCCGCCCGAUUGAAGCCAAGACGCGUGAGAUUAUCGAUGACAUGAAGGAAAAGACCAGGGGCGUGAGGGAGAAGAGGGAAUUGUUAGGGUUGGUGAAGGUAAUUGUGGAGUUGGACGACAGGUUGAAGGGUGUAAGAGAAGCAACAAGGAAAGGAAUGCUCAAAUUUGCCGCCGAGGAAGUGAGAGAGCUGAAGAACGCUCUACUGAUUUACAAUGACGAUGACUGUAAAGAUGGAGAGCCCUUGGUUUACGGGCUGCUGAGAAGGGAGUGGUACCAGUGCUUUGAGGAGAUUCAAGACUUGCUUGUAAAAAUCCUGGAACAUGCAGUAAGGUUUGAUCAGCAAUCAAUUAUGGUUCAAGUGAAACACUGGUCAAAAAUUGACGAAAUUGAUGGGAUUGAGCUUAGCACAGUUUUGGAAGCAAUGGAUGUUGUUGGUAUUCUAGAUUAUGGCCUCGCUAAAGUAGCUGAUUUGAUUAUUAAGUUUGUGGUCUCUCCGGCCUUAACUUGCAGCUCACCAAUAACAUAUGUAGAAGAAAUAAAUCAAGAUGCCGAAGGAAAUAAUGUAGCGGUACUGAAGAUAGUGCCUUCUCUAGGAAAGGUUGAGAACGUUGAUGGAGAAACCCUAUACUCGGGGAUAGUUCAUAUUGUUAAGUUUAUCUACAGACACAUAUGUUAUCAAAAUAGUUCUUGGAUUCAACGUUUUGGGAGAUUAACAUGGCCUCGGAUGUCAGAACUGAUUAUUUCAGGGUUUCUUUCGAAGGUAGUACCUAAAGAUGCUUCAAAGCUUGCUGGAUUUCAGAAGAUUGUUGAAAGUACAUCCAAAUUUGAGGGUGCAUUGAAGGAAUUGAUGUUUAUCUCUCCAGCCGAUGCAAAAGAUGAAAGGCUGAGUAAUUUUGCUGAAAAUGUUGAGGUUCACUUUGCUUCUGGGAAGAGGAAAGAAAUCUUAGCAAAGGCCAGAAAUUUACUUUUAAAAUGCGACUUUUCUGUCCCUGAAGAGUUCACAAUCAAAGGUGGUAAGCAAAAGGGCAACGAAGUAGCUAAAAUUUCUUCAAAUCAGGUUGUUGACUUACUUUUCAUAUCCGAGAGAUGUGUGGUAUCUGAAGCUGCCGCCGAACUGAUGGAGCUAGUGCAUCAAACGCUGCAGGAUGUCUGUUUGUCAUCCACCAGAGUUGCUUUGGAAUUUUAUCAUGCUGCUAGGGAUGCCAUACUCCUCUAUGAAGUUGUUGUUCCAGUCAAGCUAGAAAGACAGCUCGAUGCAGUAAAUCAUGUUGCAGUUCUCAUGCACAAUGACUGCCUUUAUUUAUCUCAGGAGAUACUUGGACUUGCAUUUGAGUAUCGGUUAGACUUCCCAGAUUUCCUAAAAGAACAUGCUGUCUUUGUUGACAUGGCUCCGAGGUUCCAUGAGAUGGCAGAAGAAAUCAUGCAUAAGCAGCUUCAGCUUAUAACCUGUAACUUGAACGAGGCUAUAGAUGGUGCAGAUGGAUUUCAUAAUACACAUAGAAGGCAACAAUUUGAAUCUGCAAAGUUCAGCAUAGAUCAGGUUGUGUUCAUUCUGGAGAAAGUACAUAUUAUCUGGGAGCCACUCUUGUUACCUUCCAGAUACAAAAGAUGCAUGUCUGCAAUCUUAGAGUUGGUUUUAUCUAGAAUCACAAAAGACAUACUCCUUUUGGAUGACAUAGCUGUAGAAGAAACAUUAGAGCUUCAAAGACUCAUUCAUUUGGUGUUAGACAACAUAUCAACUUUAUUGGAGUCCCUGACUGCAAAACACCAAGAGAAGUUGGAGGAGAGUCCCUUGUACAGUCUUGAUGUUUUUGUACCAUCUCUCAGGAAACUCCGUAAACUUGCAGAGUUAUUAGAUAUGCCUCUGGUAUCCAUUACAACUGAAUGGGAAACUGGAGAACUUCGCAGCUCCGGGUUUAGCACAUCUGAGAUCGAGGAUUUCAUCAAGGCCAUAUUUGCUGAUUCCCCCCUGAGGAAAGAAUGCUUAUGGAGGAUAGAAAGUACAAGCUCUUAAUUAUUCAAAGAACGCAACGGAGAGCUAUCUUAAGAUUUUACUUCAGCUGUAGUUUACAUGGCAAUGUGAGAAUGUGAACUGUUGUUAGCGCAUCA